CUGAAGUAACAAUGGCCACCCGUAGACCAGGUCUUACAAAAACCCAAGCUUUACGCCAAGCAAGAUCUUCGGCGCUUGUCAAACAAUAUGCGGAAAAGAAAGAAACUAUUGAGCAACCUCAGGCAGAACCACCGAAGAGACGAAGAAUAGCACCGACCCAUGAGCCGAAGAAAGUUGACUUCACUAAACCGGGUUUAACGAAAGCUAUGUUAGCACGAAAAAAGCAUGCGGAGCAAUUUAAAAAAGAAUAUGAACGUAAAAAGGAAGAGGAAACCGCACAUGUUGGCCGUCGACCGAAACGAACAGCAGCACCGAUCGGUGGUGAUGCUAGGGUGGGUCGAGAAAGAAUGCCGAAAAAAGAUGUUUCUCGAAAAACACCUUCCAAAGCGUUACCGCCAAUACCAGAGAAAACUCGUCAGCUUGCAAAGACUAUCAAAGCCGAUGUCGUUCGAGCCGAACCGGUAGGUAAAGGGCCGAUCGAUAGUAUCGUCAUACCAGCGGGAACGAUUAAAGAUAAUCGUACUACGAUCGUUAGUAUUCCCCAACCAGCAGAAGUCUCUAAAAUAGCUGAUCGUUCGAUGCAAGUAAUCAGGUGCCAUCUCCAAAAUCGAUUUCUUACGCGAAUCAGUUAUGAUAAAUUAACUAAUAGUAGUACGAUUGUGCGUAUGAACUUUAAUAUCCAAUUAAAUUACAUUAUUAUUAGCGAAACCUUGGACGAACAGGAUGCCGUCGAAGCUGCAGCUGUACAAUCGAAACUGGAUGAUUUACAGCAAGCAAGGAGAGAUUUUGUAAUGACUGUAGCGAAUAUCAGUGGAAAAGUAACCGCCAUCGAUCAAGCGCCCGCUAUAGAACUUGAAAGCCCACCUAGAUAUUUGCAUAGAGUACCGGAAUUAGAUGAUCCAUAUCUGCGUAUAGAAUAUACCAAAGAUCAUCCGAUCGUAGAGGCUGCCCGUGAAUUUAUGCAGAAAAGCCUUAACGCUAUGAGAGAAAGUGAAGCGGCAAGAAGAUGGGAUGACGAGAUUAAACAAAUCUCUAAGGUGGCAACAGAAAUAGCUCUGGGUCUAGAGGAUGAACUUCCUUUCCAUGAAGAAAAGCUUAUAGAAUUCGAUGAGGAUGAACAAUACCAUACGCCUCCUAUUCCACCGAGUUAUUAUGGUAGACAAAUAGCUGAUGUAUCACCUAUAGCCCCUCGCAGGGAUAUCUAUGAAUAUGGAACCUUCGAUCCGGAAGAAUUGGAAAGAUUCUUUGAUAUCGAACAUUAUCCACCUUUCGCUAUGCCACCAUUAGGUCGGGAAACUCUUCAUCCCGAUCUUUGGGAGAUCGAGGAUCCGUGGUUUAUACCACCUUCAGAACCUGAUCAGCCAGAUUUGAUUCAAUUUGAUUAGCAAUUAGCUGAUGAUAAUAACGAACAAAAUAAUCAUUUCCGCAAUCGACAGGAAUUUUACUUUUUGUCUUUCGUUCGUUCCUUUUCCAUAACAAUAUAAAUCGACUAGUGGUUCGCCUAGUUUUAUGUUUUAUUGUUGGUAUCAUGCAAAAUCAUUGAGGAUAUUUGUAUCUUAAUUAUUAGUCGAAAUAAAUUGGACGAUAAUAAUUGGACGAUUUUAAAAGAUGCAAAUCUAUAUUUUUAAACGAUAGUUCUCCAGUUCAAGUACUUAGUGAAAAAAAUGCAGAUUUUUUUCUUAUUCUUUUUUUUUGGCUCUUUAACUUCUUUCGUGUUACUCACGAACAUUAUUUUGAGAUUCUCUUGUGUGUCGGCUUUGCUGUUUUAAAUUCUCUUCGAUUUUAUCGCGUAAAGUUUCAGUUAGUCCUCGGGGCUUUUUUAUCAUAGGUGACAAUCGUUCUUUUGUAACCUGCAAUAAAUUUCAUACAAUUAAUAAAUGGGAAUAUAAUAUUUUAAUAAUAUUCGAAAUAAGAGUGUACUUAUGAGCUUUUUAAAAAAGGACAUAGUAAUCAUAAUUUUCGACGUACUUGUAUUUGUCUUGCCGAUACAGCAGGUA